AUGGCGAGUGCGCCUCGUUGUUCUAUCGUAACCUCCCCAGGUGUUGGAACAGUGGGUAUUGCAUCCUCAAUAUAUUUUCAGGCACAUGAUUCCUACAACAAUAAAAUUUUGACGGGUGGAGACAUAUUUUUGGCUGAAAUCACGGAUCCUAAAUUUGCACGUACGAUCGUUGUGCCAGCCGAUUUGAACGAUGGUAUGUACAGACUGACCUUUGCCUCAAGUGUAACAGGACGACACAAUGUUACCAUCACUCUAGGAGGCUCGCAUAUAUUUGGAAGUCCCUUAAGCAUGCUGAUCGACUCAGGAGCACUUGAUUUGGCAGGUCGAAAUGGAUCAUUUACAAUUGUUGCAAAAGAUGAAUACUCAAACAAUCUUACACGAGGAGGUGACCCUUUCAUUUUCUGGUUGAUUUACACGAAUCCAGUAAUCCGAAUGAAUCAGACUGUCCAUGACUUACAGAAUGGGUUAUAUCAAUCCUACUUUGUAUUGACAGCAGCCGGAAUCUACAAUGUUGAAAUUCGACUUGCAGGAAGUCAUAUUUCUGGGUCUCCAUUCACUGUUCUUGUCGACCCAGCUUCAGUUGAUCCA